UCAUUGUAGGUCCUUCAUUUGAGACCAGAGUAAAAACUGUGGAAGAGCUGCCAUCACAUCCUCAGUCCAAUGCUGAACAUAUUGACACAUGUGUGCUUAGUCCUGAGAAGUUGGUAAACCAUGCACCCACCGAUUCCAUCAUUAAGACAGUGCAUGGAAUGUCAUGCAACUUAGAAGGUAUUGUGAAGGUUCUAGGCAGUCUAUCAACAUUACCAGUACCACGGUCAAAUAAGAGAAUCAAAAAAAGGACAGGUGGGAGAAGCAGUAAAAGAAGAAUAGAAAGGAAGACUGUUAGUCCAUCUGCUUCACUGGUAUCAUGGUCAAGGAAGAGGAUCCAAAAGAAAAGAAGAGCAUGCACAAAAAGACAAAGAAAAAAGAAGACAAUGAGGAAGUAUGGAAUGAUUGAGAAAAGGGGCAUCGUGAUAAAGCUGAGCAAAAGAAGCAUGAGGCAUUUUGCCAGAGGAAAAGAGAAAUCACAGUUGUAUAAGACCAGCAGUGAGCAAGUUCAAAUAACCAAAAGAAAUUGCGCAAAAGAAAUGCUUGAAAUUCUCCAGUUAUUUUGUAUGAGCUUUCCUACAGAGAAGCAUGAAUUGGUGUCUAAACCCAUACUUAAAGAGAAAUCAUCCAUAAGAGGUCUGCCUGGAGAUUUUUUCAAGUAUUAUGCAGCAUUUGUCCCAAAGCAAUACAGGCACAUUUUUGUCUACCCAGCCAGCCUAAAUGAAUACUUCCUACGACUUGCAAAAGGACCAGCCUUUCUCCAAGGAGAAGAAAACAAAUAUGAAGCUGUGCGUCUGGCCAGCUUUAGAGCUUGGCCUCAGUGGGCACCUGUGGCUGCGACAAGGCUGGCAAGAUCUGGGUUCUAUUACUCUGGUAAUGGGGAUGAGGUAGUUUGCUUCAGUUGUGGUGGUCAUCAUAGGCAGUGGUCCCAUGGAGACAACCCUAUGGAUCAACACAGGCUACGCUUUCCUGAUUGCAGAUUUGUGAGAGGGUCAGACACAGCAAAUGUUCCAUUAGUCCCAGGGGUAGCACUGCGGGACUCAUCAGAUGGCACAGACCCCUUCCCAAAUUUGGUUAGGUCUGGUAGCCAUGGAUUACUGGGUGGUGAUCUGGCAAGUCAGCAAGCUUUACAGCAGUCACUUGGCUUUCCCAAUCAAGAUGUUUUAGUCCAGUCGCUUAACAGCAUUGGAACCUCGAACUCUGAGAUUUCCCAGUUACGAGGACCAGCAAAUGACUCUUUUAGCCACUACCAACAUCUGGCUGGAACCAUUGGAGGGGGGCAGGAUGAAAGGGAUAAUGACAGAAACCCAACCCAAACUGCUGGUACCUUCACACAUCAGUCUACUGAGAUGAAAAGUGAAGCAGCAAGACUGAGGACAUUUGCCCACUGGCCAAUAUCAGCCCAUGUGAGACCACAUGACCUGGCCAAAGCAGGCUUCUUCUACACUGGAAAUGCAGAUUCUGUUCAAUGUGCAUUCUGCAGUGGAAUACUUAGAAAUUGGGACCCAGGUGAUCGCCCAAUGCAGGAACAUCGCCAUCACUUUCCAACAUGCCUGUAUGCAUUGGGUGUAGACGUGGGUAAUAUUGCUUUAGAGCCAGAUCAAGCAAACUUGCCCUCAGCAAUUCAGGAGUCUUUGGUCACUUCCUCUGCGGCAGGAGGUACUGCCACCACAUUGGGGGGAAACUUCUAUAGAGGCGAUGAUCUGGGUAUUUUGACUGAGAGACCUAAGCAUGAAAGAUUUGCUGUAGAAUCUACGAGGUUAGCAACAUUUUCUCACUGGACCUCCCAUAACACGCAGAAGCCAGAAGUGUUAGCUAAAGCAGGAUUCUUUUAUGCAGGCUUUGCUGACAAUGUGAAGUGUUUCUUCUGCGAUGGAGGCCUUAGAAACUGGGAGCAUGGUGAUGACCCCUGGACAGAACAUGCCAGAUGGUUCCCACGCUGUGAGUUUGUAAAACAGUGCAAAGGAGAGGACUUUAUCAGAGAUGUUCAAGCAAAACAUCCACCUCAGUACCCACCAAACCAGCCAAGACCUGCGAUUGCGACACCCCUACCUGCUCAAAGCUCUGCGGCAGUUGCCAGGCCCCCAGGGCAGUUCCCUGUAGAACCAAGAGAGAUCAAGGCAAGGCUGGAUACACCUACGGUCCAGGCUGUCCUGGAAAUGGGCUGUUCUAGAACAGUGGUGCGCACUGCCAUUGAAAACAGACUCCGCACUGUUGGCGAUGAUUUUCCGAAUGCAGAAAGCCUCUUGGAGGCCAUCUUUGAAAUCGAGGAAAGCAUGAAUAGGGAAGAGAGCCAGUCAAGUGCUGGUGGAGUACCUGAGCCAGCCCAGCCACCCAGAGAGCAGCAGCCACCCCAAGACACACGCAGCACGAACACUACAACCCAGACAAAGAAAAAAACAGAAGAGAAGAAGAACAAGAAGAAAAAAGACAAAAAGGGUGCAGGGGCUACUAUUGGUCCUCCUGGUGAUAAAGAUGAAGAAGCAAAGUCACUAAUGGAGGAAAACCUACGACUGAAGGAACAGAGAACCUGCAAAAUCUGCAUGGAUGAAGAUGUCAGUGUGGUAUUCCUACCUUGUGGCCACCUGGUGGCUUGCACUCAGUGUGCCCCAGCUCUGCGCAACUGCCCCAUAUGUAGAGCUAUAAUACGUGGCACUGUGCGCACCUUUUUGAGUUAAAAAUGGCUUCCAGAUGGUGUACAACUGGGCACAAAAUCUGUGCUUUGCAUGCCACAUUGCCGUUUACCUUGGCUAAAACUUGUGACUUUACAUAUUGUCAGAUUUUUAAAAAUCCUUCUAAUAUUCAGUUAUAUUUUAAUUUAAGUUUACCUAAACGUGACAUCAGAAUCACACUGCUUUUUACAUCAAAAAAAUAUCCACUGAAUGAUAUCAAUCAGAUUUUGUGUAAUUCAGCAUUUACAUAUUUUGUAGCACUCUGCAGGUGGCAAUUUAUUGCUGCAGGGGGGCCUGGGUCAGUCUGGUUUUUCUGUCCUGCGCUUUACCCCCGAAACAGAAAAAACAGACUGUUCAGGUGUGCAGCUGAUGAAAAAGGGUUGCUACAAUGUGCAUGUCAAUAUUCCAUAUAAGAGUAAGCAGAACAGCUUUGUGAGCCACAUUGAUUGCUUUAACAGGUUUUAGGGAAAUGAGGUGACUCUGAAAUGUUGAUAUUACAAAUUUUAGUUCUAAAUUAUUUAGGUUUACAAGAAAAUAAUUUUAUAAAUUAUUUAAUAAAAGCAUCUGAAAUUGGUUCAAGACCUUUACAAUAAAGUCCAUAAAUAUGUCUAAGACUUUUUUAAUAUUCCCCAUAAAAAACAUCACUGAAGAACUUGUACUUAUGCGCGCAACUUUGUAGAUGCUUCAUAGUUUGUUACUUGGUAGUGCUGUAGUUUUUCUUCUGCAAAUUUUUCAGUGAUUUUGUAAACCUUUGUUCUCUAAUAAGUUAACUGUUGAGCAAUUCAUCCUCUGACAGGUGCUCUAUGCCAGACAGGUCUUGGAGGGGAGGUCAUUUGAAAGCAGUGUGAUUGUGAAUGUUUCCUACCUUACAAACAAUCUGAAGUAUUUGUUUUAUUCUCUUUAGAUUUAGAUUUGAAAUUUUGAUGACUACAUGCACAUGUAGGACGUAUAAAUCAAUUUUAUUUGUUUAAAUAUUUUGAAUGCAUUUUUCCAGUACAUGCACACACCCUGAGAUAAAGAGAAUUGGAAAUAUCGCGUACAUGUAUUCUGUUAUAUUUGUAUGAUUAUUACAGAAUAAGGUUUCUAGUAAAUCCUUAUAUUCAGGGUGGAACACAAGACGGUUUGAAAAUAUAGAUGAUGUGACAUCUAGUACAUAUGUUUGACAUAUAAUUUAUACUAAUAUUUAUAGAAAAGCAUUGGUUCAGGUACUAGUAUGUAUAUGUACCUGAAGGUGAGAUAUAACUCUUGGACUAUGAUCACACUUGUAGAAAGCCCACUGCGAGGAAUUCUUUAAGUUUGUUACAUUGAUAUAAGUUGGCCAGUUUCUGGUGCAUUGUAAAUAAGUUCUUUAGGAUAUAUGUAGGCGUGCCGUACUUUGCGACUGGCAGGUCAGCACAGAGUAAAAAUGUCUGAGCCUCAUUACAGAACUACCGGUACAGUGUUGGUCAACUUUGGCAUGUUGGGGGAAAUCCCCACAAAAUAUUAUUCAGAAGUGAUGAAUAGGCCAAACAAAGGGGAUUUUUCACAGUGUGUUUUAUAUUUAUUGUUGGGGAAGAUUUUGAAGUUUAAGUUUUUACAGGCUUCAAGUGACGUAAACUUAAUAAAGAGCCCAUUCCUGGAAAUCCAAUAGCUUUGAAAAAAGGGCCCAUUUCUCAAAGCUAUUGAAAAGGGGGGCAGUGUGUAUUAUCAAGUAUUUAUGCAUAUUCUAAUAAUAAGAUUUAUGCAUACUCUAAUAAUAAAUAUAAAACGUACCAUGAAGAAACCACUUUUGUUUGCCCUAUUAUUAUCUUAAAAAGACAUUUUGAAGAAAUUAAUAGAAUAUACAAAGCCUAAAGCACAUUGAAUAGUUACAGGUUGGUAAUUCUGACAUUGUUUCUUAUACACUGUGCAUUUAAAUACAGUAUGUGCAUAGAGUAAGUACAUAACCUGGCUUUCUCUGUCCCAUAUUGUCCCCAUUUAACAAGGCCCAGGUGAUGAUGUGCUAUUGAAUGCCCCAAAUGGUGUCCUAUAUUAUUAAUAUCAUUAAUAUUCCAUAGCUCUGCACCUGGGUUAUAUAUGAUGGGCCUUUUGGAUGAAGAAAGUCAAGGUAUGUAGUUACUCCAUGUACAUAAUACUUUAGGGGUCAUCCAUUUCAUCAUCAUUUUCACAGGUCUACAAA